AUGUCACUCCUUUACUGUAGUCAUUCGAAGAUGCAAGUCGCCACACCACAAAUUAUCGUGCACUGGCCGAUCUCCCGCCACGCCGGUCGGCCCCUGACCCUAGCGCCCUCUUCUCCCGCGCCUAAACCAUCACCGCGAACCAAACAGCGACUUGUUCAUUUCCACAACGACGACAGAAUCGUGUUGAAGCCUUGA